AUGGUGCUUGCGAUUCAAAACAAGUUCCUUAUUCGCCACCGUGCCAGACCCGUACAACCCCAUAAAAUUGCUCACGCUGCUCAACGGCAUCAGCGGGUACGCACGCUCGGAUCCAUCUCGGCACUCAUGGGGUCCACGGGAGCCGGCAGGAAGACGCACCUUAUCCCUGCUCAACGGCCACCCAGCCGCCGACCUCGCCAUCUGCCAGUCCCAGGCUACUACGAUCCGCGAGACGCUCACAUUCAACGUGUUCCUGCGCUACGUGCCCGACAACAAGAAGAGGUUACGGACGAGAUCAUGUGUGGCAGUCCGACGGAACGUAUGAAGCGCCUGAAGAUCGGCGUGGAGCUGGCGGCUGACCCCAAGAGUGCUCGUCCUGGAAGAUCCUACCAGUGGCUUAGUUGCUCCCAGUGGCUCUCACCAAAGGUAUUCUACCUUAUCGAAUGA